GAAGGAGCAUGGCGGACUCGCAGCUCCUUUGCCUGGACGACGCGCACGUGAACGAAUGCCUCGGCGAGAACCACCCGCGGUACUACUACAGCGAGCAGCAGCGCAAGGCCCUGGAGGUGCUGGCGAGCAAGGGCGCGAAGGCGUACAAGGAGCACCUGAAGGCGGCCAAGUUGCGCGACUUCCUCUCCAGCGGGGAGCGGCAGGCUUUGCAGAGCAGCUGGGGCGCCUACGACGCCCACCUCGACGCCAACAAGCCUCUCCUGGGACCCUCGGGCAAGCCCCUGUCGCUGGCCUAUUGGCCCGCGCGCUCCGACACCGAGGUCCCCGCGCUAGACCUGGGCUGGACCCACAACACUUUCUAUCGAGGACUCAACCGCUUGGCUCUCUAUACGCACCCGCGCAAGGAAGAAAAUGCGCCUCACGUCAAGCAAGUGGCGCGCGAAAUGAUCCAGCAAGCGUACAAGGUCAUUGCGGUAGUUAUGGACCAAUUCACAGACCGGGAUAUCUUCCAAGAUAUUGUGGAUGCAGCAUACAAGCGUCGGAUCCCUGUCUACAUUAUCUUGGAUGAAGAAGGCUCUAAGUUCUUCCUAGAGAUGUGCAAAGACAUGGAGCUCUGUGAUUUCCAGAUACGGAAUAUCCGUGUACGCUCUGUGACAGGAGUUGGAUACUAUAUGCCAUCAGGGAAGAUCAAAGGGAAUUUGGCAUCCCGCUUCUUGAUGGUGGAUGGUGAAAAAGUAAUCACUGGUUCCUACAGUUUCACAUGGACCUCAUCCCACAUAGACAGAAACAUUAUUUUGUUCUUAUCAGGACAGAAUGUGGAAAUAUUUGAUAUUGAAUUUCGUGAGCUCUACGCGAUUUCAGAGGAGAUAGAUCUUUACAAGGAGCUGAAUAUUCCAUGCCCUUUCCGUCAAGAUGUUGGAAAAUUGGGGUUUUCCUCUUCCACCGUUGCCCGGAAGAUCAUCAACCCAAAAUAUGGAUUAGUAAUGGCGGGAGUACCCCCAGGGGAAAUGAUGCGCUGGGCUUGUCGCCAGAUGCAGGAGUCACAAGGGAACCCACAGGAGAGGGAAGAAGAAAGUGAGUCAAACAGACGGCUGCAUAUUUUUCUGGAGGAUCUUAUUUCAGUAGAACAGGAGCUGCCAGAAAUUGAGCCUCCACUUGAUGAUCUAAACAGAGCAAACCGGAGUCCUCAGAAGUUGUUUUCUCGGUUUCAUCGGGACCUCAGAUCCAAAUCCAAAUCCAGAGAGUCCAUUCGUGACCUAAGAAAGGAUGAUGUUGCCAAUGGGGAGACCAGUUCAAAGCAGGGUAAGAGAUUUGGCACUGGACUUUUCAGAAAGGCCAAGCGUCUGCCACAGUUGAAUGCUGAUGCAAAUUCUGUUGCCAGUGAGACUCUAACAGGAGAAGACUUUGUGAUUGUGACGACAGCAGAGGGCCAAGCCACUGUUAGCAUUCGUAGUAGUGGCAACGCUUCAGGUAAAAUGAGUCUAAGCUCCCAUACAGGGGAAAGAACCAAACAGUCAACCUGUGUGGUCUCAUGAUUGAGGAGGGAAAAACUGCUGGAAAAACUUGAAAGAAGUAUCUGCUGGAAUAUACAGAUGUGGGCACAUUUGAAGCCUGCAGUCUAAUUUCCUCAAAACAAUCUGUAACCCCUGCAGUGUCUAGGACGGAGCUGGAACCUCCCAUUAGUUAAUGCACACUGGGUGAAAUACAUAACCUGGAAGAUUCUGUCUGAAGAAAGAGCAUAAUUAAUUAAAUAACUGAAAUAAAUUUUUAGAUGAACUCCACCCAAGCACAGAUACGGGGUGCUAUUUUAAUUUGUCUGGCAGUGGAAAAAGAAAACUAGUGGGUUGCCAAUAUUUGUACUACAUUUCUAUUGGGUUAGCAAUUUAAGUCAAAGACAAAAGAAGAAGAAGAAGAGUUUGGAUUUAUAUCCCCCCUUUCUGUCCCAUAAGGGUCGUAAAGAAGCUUACGAACGCCUUUCCUUCUUCUCCCCCCUUGUGAGGUAGGUGGGGCUGAGAGUUAUGAAAGAACUAUGACUGGCCCAAGGUCACCCUGUAGGCUUCAUGUAGGAGUGGGGAAACAAAUCCAGUUCACCAAAUAAGAGUCUACCACUCAUGUGGAGGACUCAGGAAACAAACCCAGUUCUCCAGAUUAGAGUCCACCUGCUCUUACCAUUGCAGCAUGCCAGCUCUACAAAAGAUUCCCAAAAGGAUGUGAAACCUGUGCAUUUUGUUAUUCUUAAACUUUAUAUCUCAUUAUUUUAAAAAAAACUUGAUAGAUCUUCCAUGCUUUCCCCAUCUUCUUCCAGUAAUUUUAGUGUUUAAACAGCCAACCUGUGGAAUUGAUGCCACAAAUGACAUAUGCAGUGGAGGUGUUGUGUUAUACCUGCUCUGUAACCUAUUGCUUAGAGGAAAAAUGACAUUAAGGUUUAGAGAACAAUGGAUAUACUAUCGUGAGUACCAGAAGACCAGUCUUGUACUUUGGACUUCUGUGGCAUUUUUCAAUAAGGGUGAUCACUACUGCCUUUGUGUUCCAAAAAUGCACUGAUUUUUUGGCAUCAACCUCUUCCUCGUACCCCAUGAACUUCUUUUUGAGAAAAACUGGUUGAAGGAUUUCUUACUAUUUCUUUAGAGUGGGUGACCGCAACCUUUUUAAGAGUUUGGAAUUCUGGCACAGAAUGGUAGGCAUAGUUAUAAAAUGGCUGCCACAGGAGAUAAGGCCAACCGCAAAAUGGCUUCUGCAGCUUGUCAGUCACAAAGUGAAGAUCCUUGUGCUACAGCUGCUGUCAAGGCAACAUUUUAAAAUGUCUGCACACUCAAUCAGAUCUCUAAUGGCCAGUCAAAAGUCCUGCUGGGCAAAAGUCAACUUUUUAAAAACUCUUGGUAGGUACCAGGAAAGGGGUUGGCAUUCAGCCUCCUAGCACUUAUGAGCAGCAAAUUGGGGGGCCCUGCUCUAGAGGGAUGCAUUAAGAUGGUACUGUUAUAAGAAGUAGUAGUCAUGGGAUCCAUAAUCCCUUUCUUCAUUACCUAGAGGAAUUUGUUUUUAUCCCACCACUGUGCACUAGAUUAGAAUGGGCUGUUUGGAUAAAAGAAAUGAUGAUCACAUAAUGGAAUGCUUAUUAAAAUACUCAAGCAAGGUUCUGGGUGGCCUGCAUAAGAGCUCCUGAAAGAUGCAGUAAUAAGAGUUGUGGGUAGGAAAGUCAUGCAAGGCUGGUGAAAAAAUUCUUUGAAGUGCAACCCUAAAUAGGUCAACUGAAGUCUAUGCAGUGGGGCUUAUUCUCAGGAAAGCAUUCAUAGGAUUGCACCGGUUUCUGUAAGAGUUAUAUCGUUGAGCAACUGAAGUGCCUAGUAGUUGUUUUUUGUUCAAGAGCUACAAAGGUGAAGAAAACUUACUGAAGAAAACUAGAAAAGAUUCAAGCCCCGUUGAGUUUUUAUGGGAACAAUUUGUUUAGAGAGCAUUCCUGCAAUUAUACUGCCACGUUUUCAUUGUUUUAAAGAGUAACUGCUAGAGUUUGCCUGCCUUCCGCUGUCUUUUUUUGCCAUCAAAUCACAGCUGACAUGGCGAUCUCAUAAGGUUUUCAAGGCAAAAGGUCUUCGGAAGUGGUUUUCCAUUGCCUGGCUCUGCAUCAAGAUCCUGGAAUUUCUUGGAGGUCU